ACACAAGGUGACAUUGCUUUGAGACUUCUGCCAGUGGUCCUCCCAACACCAGUCUACAAGAUUGGCAGGAAGACAUUCAGACCCAGCUUCAAUGACCUGAAAGUCCUUCAUUGACUUGCAGCCUGUAAGUUUAAAUAGUGGAUAGGCAUAGGGAGAUUGAUGGGGAAAUUAGAUGAUAGUAUUUUGUAAACCUUGAAUGAAAGAAACAGCAUUCCAUAAUCUGUUUUGCAUAACUGCACACUCCAAGACAUUAGGUAGGUUUCCAUCCAAUUUGCGACAGAUUUUAAUGCGAAUAUUCUAAAAUCUGCAUAAAACAACAUGCACAUUUUCCCACCAGAGAUGUGUUUCCAUCAAACAUACUUUUUGAGGAUAAAAGGCUUUGCGUGAUGACAUAGUGCACAUAAAAAUUACUAAAGAAGUUACAGGUCUGUGAGAGCCAGAAAUCUUGCUUGUUUGUAGGUGACUAAAUACUUAUUUUCCACCAUAAUUUGCAAAUAAAUUCAUUAAAAAUCCUACAAUGUGAUUUUCUGGAUUUUUUUUUCCUCAACUUGUCUGUCAUAGUUGACGUGUACCUAUGAUGAAAAUUACAGGCCUCUCUCAUCUUUUUAAGUGGGAGAACUUGCACAAUUGGUGGCUGACUAAAUACUUUUUCCCCCCACUGUAUAUACAAAAAAAACAUGGGGGAUUGGAAGUGAUGCAGACAAUUACAUUGAAAGAAUAUACAAUCUAUCUGCAAUAUUAAGCUGAUUUUAAAAUGAUUUUGUACGUUUGCCCACUGACAAAUAAAUGAUCAGUCUAUAAUUUUAAUGGUAGGUUUAUUUGAACAGUGAGAGACAGAAUAACAACAAAAAAUCCAGAAAAACGCAUGUCAGAAAUGUUAUAAAUUGAUUUGCAUUUUAAUGAGGGAAAUAAGUAUUUGACCCCCUCUCAAUCAGAAAGAUUUCUGGCUCCCAGGUUUCUUUUAUACAGGUAACGAGCUGAGAUUAGGAGCACAUUCUUGAAGGGAGUGCUCCUAAUCUCAGCUUGUUACCUGUAUAAAACACACCUGUCCACAGAAGCAAUCAAUCAAUCAGAUUCCAAACUCUCCACCAUGGCCAAGACCAAAGAGCUCUCCAAGGAUGUCAGGGACAAGAUUGUAGACAUACAGAAGGCUGGAAUGGGCUACAAGACCAUCGCCAAGCAGCUUGGUGAGAAGGUGACAACAGUUGGUGCGAUUAUUCGCAAAUGGAAGAAACACAAACGAACUGUCAAUCUCCCUCGGCCUGGGGCUCCAUGCAAGAUCUCACUUCGUGGAGUUGCAAUGAUCAUGAGAACGGUGAGGAAUCAGCCCAGAACUACACGGGAUGAUAUUGUCAAUGAUCUCAAGGCAGCUGGGACCAUAGUCACCAAGAAAACAAUUGGUAACACACUACGCCGUGAAGGACUGAAAUCCUGCAGCGCCCGCAAGGUCCCUCUGCUCAAGAAAGCACAUAUACUUGCUCGUCUGAAGUUUGCCAAUGAACAUCUGAAUGAUUCAGAGGAGAACUGGGUGAAAGUGUUGUUGUCAGAUGAGACCAAAAUGGAGCUCUUUGGCAUCAACUCAACUCGCCGUGUUUGGAGAAGGAAUGCUGCCUAUGACCCCAAGAACACCAUCCCCACCGUCAAACAUGGAGGUGGAAACAUUAUGCUUUGGGGGUGUUUUUCUGCUAAGGGGACAGGACAACUUCACCACAUCAAAGGGACGAUGGACGGGGCCAUGUACCGUCAAAUCUUGGGUGAGAACCUCCUUCCCUCAGCCAGGGCAUUGAAAAUGGGUCGUGGAUGGGUAUUCCAGCAUGACAAUGACCCAAAACACACAGCCAAGGCAACAAAGGAGUGGCUCAAGAAGAAGCACAUUAAGGUCCUGGAAUGGCCUAGCCAGUCUCCAGACCUUAAUCCCAUAGAAAAUCUGUGGAGGGAGCUGAAGGUUCGAGUUGCCAAACGUCAGUCUCGAAAUCUUAAUGACUUGGAGAAGAUCUGCAAAGAGGAGUGGGUCAAAAUCCCUCCUGAGAUGUGUGCAAACCUGGUGGCCAACUACAAGAAACGUCUGACCUCUGUGAUUGCCAACAAGGGUUUUGCCACCAAGUACUAAGUCAUGUUUUGCAGAGGGGUCAAAUACUUAUUUCCCUCAAUAAAAUGCAAGUCCAUUUUUAAAAUUUUUGAGAUGGGUUUUUCUGGAUUUUUUUGUUGUUAUUCUGUCUCUCACUGUUCAAAUAAACCUACCAUUAAAAUUAUAGACUGAUCAUUUCUUUGUCAGUGGGCAAACGUACAAAAUCAGCAGGGGAUCAAAUACUUUUUUUCCUCACUAUAUAUAUAUAUAUAUAUAUAUAUAUAUAUAUAUAUAUAUAUAUAUUGAAAUUGGCCUUUACUACAGCCCAUAGAAACGCAUUGAAUAACACAUUUAUAAAUGGCAAAAAAGACAGUUAAAAUAAAUAAUAAGGAAUAAGGUUUUGAAAUGUCUCUCCUUGUCACACCCUGGCUCUGGGACUCAUUAUGUUGAGCCAGGGUGUGUUCAUUUCUAUGUUGGUGUUCAUUCUAGUUUGUUGUAUUCUAUGUUUGCCUGAGUGACUCCCAAUCAGAGGCAACGAGUGUCAGCUGUUGCCUGGUUGUCUCUGAUUGGGAGCCAUAUUUAAACUGUAUGUUUUCCCUUUGUGGUUGUGGGUUUUUGUUCCGUGUUCGGUCUUUGAUACCGUGGACGUCACGAGUCGUGUUUUGUUUUGUAUUUUGACGCUUUAACUAAUUAAAGUCAUGUUUGUUCAUCACGCUGCGCCUUGGUCUACUCCUUACCUCGACCUUGACAGAAAAACCCACCAUGCAACGACCAAGCAGCGUGUCCAGGGGCAGCCCUUGGGGUGGACAUGGGAGGAAGCGCCGGGAAAGGCCCUGGCGAAAGAGGAGCAGCGUGUCCAGGAGCAGGCAGCCUGGACAUGGGAGGAUAUAUUGGACGGUAAAGGGUCCUGGACUUGGGGGGAAAUCCUGGCCGGGAUGGAUCGCCGGCCAUGGAGUGAGACAGUGGAGAGGCGACGGAGAGAGGAGCAACGGCGUGAUCAGGGUCGUCGUCGGACGGUCGUGAGGCAACCCCAGAAAAUUUUUAGGGGGGGGGCACACGGCAUGGACGACGGGGCUGACGGAGGAGAAAAGGGGGCGGAUCCAGAAGGCCACCAGGCCAGGGGUUCACCGCCCUGUACGUCCUGUGCGGAUGCCUCACACAGAGUGUGUGAGGGUAGGCAUUCAGCCAGGACGGGUGGUGGCCGCUCUUCACUCCAGGCCUCCUAUCCGUCUCCACAGCCCGGUUCGGCCUGUCCCUGCUCCACGCACCAAGCCUACGGUGUGCGUCGCCAGCCCAGCCCGGCCUGUCCCUGCUCCACGCACCAAGCCUACGGUGUGCGUCGCCAGCCCAGCCCGGCCUGUCCCUGCUCCACGCACCAAGCCUACGGUGUGCGUCGCCAGCCCAGUCCGGCCUGUCCCUGCUCCACGCACCAAGCCUACGGUGUGCGUCGACAGCCCAGCCCGGCCUGUUCCUGCUCCACGCACCAAGCCUACGGUGUGCGUCGCCAGCCCAGUCCGGCCUGUCCCUGCUCCACGCACCAAGCCUACGGUGUGCGUCGACAGCCCAGCCCGGCCUGUUCCUGCUCCACGCACCAAGCCUACGGUGUGCGUCGCCAGCCCAGUCCGGCCUGUCCCUGCUCCACGCACCAAGCCUACGGUGUGCGUCGCCAGCCCAGUCCGGCCUGUCCCUGCUCCACGCACCAAACCUACGGUGCGCGUCGCCAGCCCGGUCCGGCCUGUUCCUGCCACCCGCACCAAGUCUACGGUGCGCGUCGCCAGCCCGACCCGGCCUGUUCCUGCCACUCGCACCAAACCUACGGUGCGCGUCGCCAGCCCGACCCGGCCUGUUCCUGCCACUCGCACCAAACCUACGGUGCGCGUCGCCAGCCCGGUCCGGCCUGUCCCUGCCACCCGCACCAAGUCUACGGUGCGCGUCGCCAGCCCGACCCGGCCUGUUCCUGCCACUCGCACCAAACCUACGGUGCGCGUCGCCAGCCCGGUCCGGCCUGUUCCUGCCACUCGCACUAAGCCAGGGGUGCGAGAAGUCAGCCUGGUAAGGCCCGUCCCUCUUCCACGCACCAAGCCAGGGGUGCGAGUCGUCAGCCUGGUAAGGCCCGUUCCUCCUCCACGCACAAAGCCAGGGGUGCGAGUCGUCAGCCUGGUAAGGCCCGUUCCUCCUCCACGCACAAAGCCAGGGGUGCGAGUCGUCAGCCUGGUAAGGCCCGUUCCUCCUCCACGCACCAAGCCAGGGGUGCGAGUCGACAGCCUGGUAAGGAUCGCUCCUGUUAAGUCCAGUCCUGCUCCAGCCGGCGGGGCCAGACUGGACCAGGGGCACUAUGGGGGGUGUAUUGGAGGAUGGUGGUCAAGGCCGGAGCCAGAACCGCCGCCGAGGAGGUAUGCCCGCCCAGCCCUCCCCUCCCCUGGUUUGUUUAGUAGAGGCGCGGUCGCAGUCCGCGCCUUUAGGGGGGGGGUACUGUCACACCCUGGCUCUGGGACUCAUUAUGUUGAGCCAGGGUGUGUUCAUUUCUAUGUUGGUGUUCAUUCUAGUUUGUUGUAUUCUAUGUUUGCCUGAGUGACUCCCAAUCAGAGGCAACGAGUGUCAGCUGUUGCCUGGUUGUCUCUGAUUGGGAGCCAUAUUUAAACUGUAUGUUUUCCCUUUGUGGUUGUGGGUUUUUGUUCCGUGUUCGGUCUUUGAUACCGUGGACGUCACGAGUCGUGUUUUGUUUUGUAUUUUGACGCUUUAACUAAUUAAAGUCAUGUUUGUUCAUCACGCUGCGCCUUGGUCUACUCCUUACCUCGACCUUGACACUCCUAUAUUUUUGAGAUGUAAGACAAUUCAGAAAUGUUUUAUUUAAUUUGUGGACACAUUUUACCCCUUAUUUUUCUUGCCAUAAAACUACUACGAUACUUCCAUUCGUUUCUAUGGGUUACCUUCAGACGAUUUCCGUGACAGUUGUGGGGUCAUAGAGCAAAGGAGAACACCAUCAUGUUCAUGAGAGUCUCCCCUUUCCAUUGAGUGGUCAUAAUAGUUUGAAGGCCAAACCGUUCAGACGCUACAGUUUCGUGAGAAGACUGAUUUUUGGGAUGUCUCAUGGUCUGACAAACGUCGCAGUAGCUCGGCCAGCUUCCACGGCAGAUGUGGAAUGGUUACAUAGGCGGAUGUGGUGGUUUGAGACAGCCCAUGCAAAAAACCUGAUAUCUAGUUUAAACUGACAGAUUUUGAUGGGGAUUUUUUAAAAUUAUAUUACAGAAUAAUAUUCACUCGGCUGGGAUGACAUCCCUAUCAAGACCGACCACCGCUGCUGCUUUCUCCCAGCCUCAGACAACCCCAUUCCCAAGGUCGCUUCACCGGAAGACCCUUCGCCAGCAGCCCUAAUCUUUCUCACAACGCCAGCCCCCCCCCCCCCCCCCCAAAAAAAUAUUAAUAAAAGCCGACGGACUCCCAAUGGAAUUUGAGCCGAGCUGGAGACAAUGGUCACACAAACUGGUCCAAGCCAAAGCCUCCUGAGUGUGUUUCCACCCCAGGCAAACAGGACAGCACUCGUGAGUAUCUUUAAUCUUCAUUGUGAAACCACCUGCCCUAGUGCACGUCGGAGGUUCAAACUCGUCUGGUUAGCCUUUUUGAACUUACUCUUACCACUGGCCAUCUUACUCAAGCAAGGAAACACUGGCUACAAAAGCAGAGUAUAGAGCAGGGACGGCUUGUUCAAUAGGGCGAUAUGGGCGACGCACUGCCAAACGGGAAAAGGAAGGGAUUUUUUUUUCUAAUCAAUUAUAUCACGGCAACAGCAGUUAUCAGUGUUCACGUCUGAUCUGCCAGCCACUAAAUGUCAAAUCAGGCUAAAGUCGUGCUUCAAAUGGCCCCGCCCGUUUUUGGGGCGAUUUCAGUCAAGUUGAAAAUCGCCCAGAAGUCUCUCAUAGCCUGUCAUGUAAAAUCUAUUUUUUUCACAUUUCAAAGCUUUCAAUACAUUCUCUAUGGGUGUCUGUGGGCUUGCACUUACGCGCUUUCGUCAUACGUGACGUAACGUUGAACGUAACUAAGACAAUGGCGGCUAGAAGCGUCUCUGUUGCGACCUGCAGUGCGGCGUUAUUUUAUGUUUUUAAUUUGUAGACUUAGUUUACAAACAUUCUGCCAACCAUGGAUUUCCAGUGGUUGGUUUUGGACUGAUCUUGUUGAUCGUGUACAUACCCGCUACGAACGGACUAAAUAAUGAAAACGCUGCUGGCAGCUGAAUCCCAAUACAGCUGGGAGACUUGGCUGGAUGAGUCCCGGACAGAGAAGUGGAGCCGGCCACCUUCACCCUGGUCAGAGCGGACCGCGAUCCUGGUAAGAGAGCGACUCUGUACCCCGACAUUGAACUGCUUUCUGUGUCAUUGCGACCUUACUAUCAAUUCAAUUCAAUUUAAGGGCUUUAUUGGCAUGGGAAACGUGUGUUAACAUUGCCAAAGCAAGGGAAGUAGAUAGUAAACAAAAGUGAAAUAAACAAUAAAUAUUAACAGUAAACAUUACACUCAGAAGUUUCAAAAGAAUAAAGACAUUUCAAAUGUCAUAUUAUGUAUAUAUACAGUGUUGUUACAAUGUGCAAAUAGUUAAAGUACAAAUGGGAAAAUAAAUAAACAUAAAUAUGGGUUGUAUUUACAAUGGUGUUUGUUCUUCACUGGUUGCCCUUUUCUUGUGGCAACAGGUCACAAAUCUUGCAGCUGUGAUGGCACACUGUGGUUUUUCACCCAGUAGAUAAGGGAGUUUAUCAAAAUUGGGUUUGUUUUCGAAUUCUUUGUGGAUCGCUGUAAUCUGAGGGAAAUAUGUGUCUCUAAUAUGGUCAUACAUUUGGCAGGAGGUUAGGAAGUGCAGCUCAGUUUCCACCUCAUUUUGUGGGCAGUGUGCACAUAGCCUGUCUUCUCUUGAGAGCCAGGUCUGCCUACGGCGGCCUUUCUCAAUAGCAAGGCUAUGGUCACUGAGUCUGUACAUAGUCAAAGCUUUCAUUAAGUUUGGGUCAGUCACAGUGGUCAGGUAUUCUGCCACUGUGUACUCUCUGUUUAGGGCCAAAUAGCAUUCUAGUUUGCUCUGUUUUUUUUGUUUGUUCUUUCCAAUGUGUCAAGUAAUUCUCUUUUUGUUUUCUCAUGAUUUGGUUGGGUCUAAUUGUGUUGUUGUUGUGUUUGUUGUUGUUGUCCUGGGGCUGUGUGGGGUCUGUUUGUGUUUUGUGAACAGAGGCCCAGGACAAGCUUACUUAGGGGACUCUUCUCCAAGUUCAUCUCUCUGUAGGUGAUGGCUUUGUUAUGGAAGGUUUGGGAAUCGCUUCCUUUUAAGUGGUUACUAUCUGCCCCGUGAGUUCCCCCAAUUGUUUGUUACCGUUGUGUACUGUUGAUAAUCACAAGUUUACUGGAGAACUGAGACCAAGUAGAGACUUUGGACAGGGUGGAUAUGGUAUAAUAAAGGCAGUUUAUUCAGAGGUAAAGAUAUCUGGAAUCGCGUGCACGGACUCGUGCACGUGUGUAGGUCACCUAAAUCAUCAGAAAAAUUGCCCCUCCUGAGAAUUUUUUCAGGAGCCGCCACUGGUAUAGAGGAUAGGGUGUGUAGCAAACACAAAUCCUACCCAAGCAAGGAAGCAUUAGCUACACAAGCAGAGCAGAGCAGAAAGUAGUUAGCUUUUAGCAAACACAAAAACAGAUACCAAAACCCCAAACUCGCAACAUCUAGGGGGAUGAGUGCUCUCUCCCCACUAACAGACACCUAAGUUGAAGCAGAAUCUCGUAGUCUUUGUGUGCUUGAAAAGUUAGUAAAUUGCGUGACACGUUCUUCCUUCAGGCGAGCCGAAGAGCGAACAAUUAAGGAAAUGGAUGCAAGUCCUGGUAUUAUAGCCAGAAAGGCGGGUUUUCCGAGGGCGGGCUCGGCAUCCAUUGGCCCGUUAGGCAUGAUUUCAGUUUUCUUCAGGAGAAUAUGAUUGGUCGUUGACACCCAUAGUAUGUACACGGUGACGAUGAAGAGAACUAUUUUUUCUGUGUACUGUAACCUAGAACAGAAAAACUAGAAGAGAAAAAAAAGAGAAAAGAAAAAGAAAGGAGAAGAAAAAAGAAAAGACAGAGAAAGUAAAUUAAGCAAAACGCCUCUGAAACUGGAUCCUGACUCCUGACGGCUGCCCCAGGUGGUAAGGGUAGGUAACAACACAUCGCCACUGAUCCUCACACGGGGGCCCCUCAGGGGUAGUGCUCAGUCCCCUCCUGUACUCCCUGUUCACUCAUGACUGCAUGGCCAGGCACGACUCCAACACCAUCAUUAAGUUUGCCGAAUGACACAACAGUGGUACAGCGAUUACUCACCUUGAACUGGACAAAUAAUGUUUAUUUAAUGAGUCAGACGAGAGGGAUUUGCUCCAGACACCCGACAGGGCCCUCAUCCCCUUCAUUCACAGUAAAAAAUAAAAUAAGAUCUUGCGAAAGGAGAUCGGGGUGCAUGGUAAGGAGCUGGCGACGAGUGGCUAAUCUGCCUUUAACAACGUGCAAUCUCUUGAUAAUAUAGUGGACGAACUAGAAGCACAUAUAUCCUACCAACAGGACAUUAAAAACUGUAAUAUCUUAUGUUUCACCGAGUCGUGGCUGAACAACGACAUGAAUAACAUACAGCUGGCGGGUUAUACACUGUAUCGGCAGGAUAGAACAGCAGCCUCUGUUAAGACAAGGGGUGGCGGUCUAUGUAUAUUUGCAAACAACAACUGGUGCACAAUAUCUAGGGGUACGUGCUCAAUCCCCUCCUGUACUCCCUGUUCACUCAUGACUGCAUGGCCAGGCAUGGCCAGACUCCAACACCAUCAUUACGUUUGCCGAUGACAAAACUGUGGUAGGCCUGAUCACCGACAACGACGAGACAGCCUAGAGGGAGGAGGUCAGAGACAUUAACCUCUCCCUCAAUGUGAUCAAGACAAAGGAGAAGAUUGUGGACUACAGGAAAAAGAAGAGGACUGAGCACGCCCCCAUUCUCAUCGACGGGGCUGUAGUGGAGUAGGUUGAGAGCUUCAAGUUCCUUGGUGUCCACAUUACCAACAAACGAACAUGGUCCAAGCACACCAAGACAGUCGUAAAGAGGGCACAGCACAACCUAUUCCCCCUAAGGAGACUGAAAAGAUUUGGCAUUGGUCCUCAGAUCCUCAAAAAUUUCUACAGCUGCACCAUCGAGAGCAUCCUGACUGGCUGCAUCACUGCCUGGUAUGGCAACUGCUCGGCCUCCGACCGCAAGGCACUACAGAGGGUAGUGUGUACGGCCCAGUACAUCACUAGGGCCAAGCUUCCUGCCAUCCAGGACCUCUAUACCAGGCGGUGUCAGAGGAAGGCCCUAAAAAUUGUCAAAGACUCCAGCCACCCUAGUCAUAGACUGUUCUCUCUGCUACCGCACAGCAAGCGGUACCGGAGCGCCAAGUCUAGGUCCAAGAGGCUUCUAAACAGCUUCUACCCCCAAGCCAUAAGACUCCUGAACAUCUAAUCAAAUGGCUACCCAGACUAAUUGCAUUGCCCCUCCCCCACCCCCCUCUUUUACGCUGCUGCUACUCUCUGUUUAUUAUUUUACAUUUACAUUUUAGUCAUUUAGCAGACGCUCUUAUCCAGAGCGACUUACAGUUAGUGAAUACAUAUUUUUUUAUACUGGCCCCCUGUGGGAAUCAAACCCACAACCCUGGCGUUGCAAACGCCAUGCUCUAUCAACUGAGCUACAUCCCUGCCGGCCAUUCCCUCCCCUACCCUGGACGACGCUGGGCCAAUUGUGCGCCGCCCAUGAGUCUCCCGGUCGCGGCCGGCUGCGACAGAGCCUGGAUUCGAACCAGGAUCUCUAGUGGCACAGUUAGCACUGCGAUGCAGUGCCUUAGACCACUGCGCCACUCAGGAGCAGUGGUCACUUUAAUAACUCUACCUACAUGUACCUAUUACCUCAAUUACCUCGACUAACCGUUGCCCCCGCACAUUGACUCGGUACCGGUACCCCCUGUAUAUAGCCUCGCUAUUGUUAUUUUAUUGCUGCUCUUUCAUUAUUUGUUACUUUUAUUUCUUAUAAUUUUUUUAUUGAAUGUUUUUUUUGUAUUUUUUUUGGUAUUCUUUCUUAAAAUUGCAUUGUUGGUUAAGGGCUUUUAAGUAAGCAUUUCAGUGUAAGGUCUACACCAGUUGUAUUCGGCGCACGUGACAAAUAACAUUUUAUUUUAUUUGACAAGUACCCAAUCUGUAUUUAGGCCCAGUUUAAGCCAGUGAACAUUACUAAAGGAUAGUAUUUCUAUUCAUAGUAGAUGCUGCAGGUAAAGAAACUAGACGCGUAACACCUAACCACCUGAUGCAUUAAGUCCUAGCUAAGAGGAUUGGAGAUUCACAGGCUCCUCACACACACACACACACACACACACACAUCAACACACACACACACACAUCAGCUGGAAAGGCUGUGUAAGUCCACUGCGCUUCAGUGAUCUGAUCUUAUAGACAGAAAGCAGGUAAACCCAGGUUGUAUGCUGGAGAGUGAGAGGAAGAGAGUGGAGGUGAAACAGAUUGUGUAUGAAGAAUAGAAAGAAGUGGAAAUGAGAGUGUACGGGUGCAUAAACAGAUGAUCUAAUGGAGAACAGAAUUUAAUUGGGCAAAGCAGGUGUAUUUGAUCAUUUAGGGAUUGGAAGGGUUGUCAAUUCUUGUCCUGCAGCUAUGCUUCUCAACACCUUCUAAUGGCAUUGAUUGGGAAGCAAAUUAAUCCAGAACCUCUGUGAAGAUUUUUCUCACUGCAACUUUCCCCUAGCCAAGGUACUGACAGACUGUGUGUGCAUGUGUGUAUUGUAUUUGCAUAAUGUGUGCCUGUGUGUCACCUGUCUGUCUGCCUGCCUGCCUGUCAGUCAGUUUGUCUGUGCCUAUGAGUUAAUCUAAACACUAUGCUCAGGAAGUUGAAAUGGACCCGGGGGGCCCCUCGCCCCUCAUGCAUUUUGUGGUGGCGAAGAAGACUAUCAACGGUAUAUUUGAUAAGCUGCUGGAGUAUGUCAAAGAGAGCUCAGAGUUUGUGGAUGGUAAGAUAAGCAUCAAUUAGCAUCUAUUGAUUAUUAGCAUCAAUAGCAUUUUAUAGUUUUAAUAAAGAUUUAUACAUAACAUCAUAGGUAUAGAUGGUCUUAUGCUAUAAUCUGCAUCUCAAAGGGUACGCUUCAGACAAUUGCCUUGUUAACUUUUGCGUGGCUACCUAUUACAUAUUAACACGUCCACAUGGUGGGCUACCUUACACUAGUGUGGGGUUUUUAGUUGUCAUCUACCACAAUAUCCAUUCUUGUCUAUCUGCUUCUGUGAUGCCCAGAGACAUGGCGAAGUGCGGAUCUGGAGCAGGUCGCAGUCGAGGAGCAGUGCCUUGAAAUCCAGACCUGUGCUAGGAAACUGGCCACCAUUCAGGAGGUGCUGGCUCGCAGGCACAUGAAGGUAGCCUUUUUUGGGAGGUGAGAGUCAAUGGUUUAUGGGAAAUAGAAUUGAACCCAAUAAUCAACACAACAUUAUUGAGGGUCCAUAUGUAAAGGACAUUUAUAUUAUACAGUUUGUUGCUGGAUUGGUAUAAUUAAGUAGUCUCACAGUUAUUCCAGAUGUUUUUCAUACUACCUAGGUAUAUUAGUAUGGUGUAACUAUUGAUACAGCAUAGGUAAACAUUAGUACCAGAACUUUGGAUGUGCAGAAUUAUUUUCCCCAAAGUUAGUGUAACAGAGGUGGAAGAUGUGUGCUAGCUUGCUGAGCUACCUAGGCUUUAUCUCAGCAGGUUAACCAUAAUUAAUGUGGUUGCGACCAUAAUUGUAAACAUUUCUGUCAAAGGAGUAAAGAGACAUUUCCUCUCCCUGGCAGGACAAGUAACGGUAAGAGCACGGUGAUCAAUGCCAUGCUGAGGGACCGUGUGCUGCCCAGCGGCAUUGGCCACACCACCAACUGCUUUCUGAGGGUGGAGGGCACAGACAGGGACGAGGCCUACCUCACCACCGAGGGCUCUGAUGACAGAAAAAGCGUCAAGGUCUGUGGUCAAACCAGGGGGUCGCAGACUGAUCUACUGUGUAUAUAUAUACAGUGAGGGAAAAAAGCAUUUGAUCCCCUGCUGAUUUUGUACGCUUGCCCACUGACAAAGAAAUGAUCAGUCUAUAAUAUUAAUGGUAGGUUUAUUUGAACAGUGAGAGACAGAAUAACAACAAAAAAAUCCAGAAAAACGCAUGUCAAAAAUGUUAUAAAUUGAUUUGCAUUUUAAUUAGGGAAAUAAGUAUUUGACCCCCUCUCUAUCAGAAAGAUUUCUGGCUCCCAGGUGUCUUUUAUACAGGUAACGAGCUAAGAUUAGGAGCACACUCUUAAAGGGAGUGCUCCUAAUCUCAGUUUGUUACCUGUAUAAAACACACUUGUCCACAGAAGCAAUCAAUCAAUCAGAUUCCAAACUCUCCACCAUGGCCAAGACCAAAGAGCUCUCCAAGGAUGUCAGGGACAAGAUUGUAGACCUACAGAAGGCUGGAUUGGGCUACAAGACCAUCACCAAGCAGCUUGGUGAGAAGGUGACAACAGUUGGUGCGAUUAUUUGCAAAUGGAAGAAACACAAAAGAACUGUCAAUCUCCCUCGGCCUGGGGCUCCAUGCAAGAUCUCACCUCGUGGAAUUGUAAUGAUCAUGAGAACGGUGAGGAAUCAGCCCAGAACUACACGAGAGGAUCAUGUCCAUUAUCUCAAGGCAGCUGGGACCAUAGUCACCAAGAAAACAAUUGGUAACACACUACGCCGUGAAGGACUGAAAUCCUGUUGUGGUCAGAUGAGACCAAGAUCGAGCUCUUUGGCAUCAUCUCAUAUCGCCGUGUUUGGAGGAGGAGGAAUGCUUGCCUAUGACCCCAAGAACACCAUCCCCACUGUCAAACAUGGAGGUGGAAACAUUAUGCUUUGGGGGUGUUUUUCUGCUAAGGGGACAGAACAACUUCACCGCAUCAAAGGGACGAUGGACGGGGCCAUGUACCGUCAAAUCUUGGGUGAGAACAGCCAGGGCAUUGAAAAUGGGUCGUGGAUGGGUAUUCCAGCAUGACAAUGACCCAAAACACACAGCCAAGGCAACAAAGGAGUGGCUCAAGAAGAAGCACAUUAAGGUCCUAGAGUGGCUUAGCCAGUCUCCAGACCUUAAUCCCAUAGAAAAUCUGUGGAGGGAGCUGAAUGUUCGAGUUGCCAAACGUCAGCCUCGAAACCUUAAUGACUUGGAGAAGAUCUGCAAAGAGGAGUGGGACAAAAUCCCUCCUGAGAUGUAUGCAAACCUGGUGGCCAACUACAAGAAACGUCUGACCUCUGUGAUUGCCAACAAGGGUUUUGCCACCAAGUACUAAGUCAUGUUUUGCAGAGGGGUCAAAUACUUAUUUCCCUCAUUAAAAUGCAAAUCAAUUAAUAACAUUUUUGACAUGCGUUUUUCUGGAUUUGGUUGUUGUUAUUCUGUCUCUCACUGUUCAAAUAAACCAACCACUAAAAUUAUAGACUGAUCAUGUCUUUGUCAGUGGGCAAAUGUACAAAAUCAGCAGGGGAUCAAAUAUUUUUUCCCUCACUGUAUAUUCAUAUUUUAGGGAUUUUCCAAUUUGAUUGAACAGAUAUUGAGAGAGAAUGAAAGUGGAGAAAGAUAGAAAGAGGUUGUGCCGAAAAACUGAAGGCCAGAUUCAAACCUAUGCCGAUAAUGUAGACGUGUGCCGGAGGCUGACACUAGACCAGCCUUUUUCGAUGUGCAGUACAACACACAAGUGUUAGCAAUGAUAAUGUAGAACUGGCUAAAUUGAUCUUGACGUGGACCACGGACUACACAGUGCGAGGAGAAUAGUUUUAGAUCGUACAGUGCUGAUGCUUUCUCUCCUUCUCUCGCUGUUAUUCUCUGUCUAUUUCCCUCUGUUCUACUACUUUGUGUAUGUCUCUGCUUCUUCUUCUUCUUCCCCCCCUUCCAGUCUGUCAAUCAGCUGGCCCAUGCCCUGCAUAUGGAGCGCAGUCUAGACUCAGGCUGCCUAGUGAAGGUGUUCUGGCCCAAGUCCAGGUGUGCCCUGCUGAGGGAUGACCUUGUUAUUAUGGACAGGUACACGCUAGGGUUUAAUACCGGUGACCGGUAUCUCAGAAUUUCCCUGACCAAGCUCCUUCCCGUUUCCCAAGAAAAAUAAUGACGGGACCCGUGGACCAAUAAUAUAGCCGUUCUAUGCCGCACAAAAAAAAAUACAAAAUGUGCAGGUGCAAAUAGCUACAUGAAACGGACAUAUGAACUCUGGCUUCAUUCAUACAUUCGACCCGUCAUCAACGCUAGUAGCCUACCAUAUUUACUCAACAUAAAGUUAUUUUCUUACUUUCAUGGCUUGAAUUGCUAACUAUCAUAAAUAGGCUACACGCAACCUGUCGACACAGUUACGGUAGACAAUCUCCAAACUAGCUGUGUGGCACUGGCAGAGGCUCAAAAUGUGCCACUCACUGUUAACAAAAUGGAUGAUACACUGGGUCCGAAAUAGCCUAGACAUUUGCAACAUUGUUCAAUGAUGUUACACUACAAAAGCGAGAGCACGGCGGGCUUAGUCAGAUUCGCAGGCAAUUGAUUAACCGCGGCGCUAUCCAUGGUGCAUAUGUUCUAUGGAGCGAUUUCAGUGCCAACAGAAAUUGAAUUUGAAUUUCAUAAUUUUGAAUUUGUAUCAGGAUAUUGAAUUUGAAUGUAAUAUUUUUGUAUUUGUAAUGCACAAAUUUAGUCAUUGAAUUCAUAAAUUGAACUUGUAUUUCAUGAUUUGAAACUGAACAGAAUGAAUAUUGCAUUUCAAUUUAAAUGAAUGUUCAAUUUCAAUAUUUCAAUAUUCAGUUUAAAUAUGGUAUAUAUUUCAUUUAUUGUCUGUGUAUCAAACUUUUAAUUUCAAGUUGAUCAAAUAUUUACCUUCCCAGAUACAAAAGUAUGUGGACACCCCUUCAAAUUAGCGGAUUAGGCUAUUUCAGCCACACCCGUUGCUGACAGGUGUAAAAAAUUGAGCACACAUCCAUGCAAUCUCCAUAGACAAAUAUUGGCAGUUAAAUGGCCUUACUGAAGAGCUCAGUGACUUUCAACGUGGCACCGUCAUAGGAUGCCACCUUUCCAACAAGUCAGUUCGUCAAAUUUCUGCCCUGCUAGAGCUGCCCCGGUCAACUGUAAGUGCUGUUAGUGGAAACGUCUAGGAGCAACAACGGCUCAGCCGCGAAGUGGUAGGCGACACAAGCUCACAGAACGGGACCGCCGAGUGCUGAAGCGCAUAAAAAAAUCUGUCCUCGGUUGCAACACUCACUACUGAGUUCCAAACUGCCUCUGGAAGCAACGUCAGCACAAUAACUGUUCGUCGGGAGUUUUGUGAAAUGGGUUUCCAUGGCCGAGCAGCCGCACACAAACCUAACAUCACCAUGUGCAAUGCCAAGUGUCGGCUGGAGUGGUGUAAAGCUCGCUGCCAUUGGACUCUGGAGCAGUGGAAACGAGUUCUCUGGAAUGAUCAAUCAAUCAAUCAAAUUUGAUUUAUAAAGCCCUUUUUACAUCAGCAGAUGCCACAAAGUGCUAUACAGAAACCCAGCCUAAAACCCCAAACAGCAAGCAAUGCAGAUGUAGAAGCACGGUGGCAAGGAAAAACUCCCUAGAAUGGCAGAAAUCUAGGAAGAAACCUAGAGAGGAACCAGGCUCUAAGGGGUGGCCAGUCCCCUUCUGGCUGUGCCGGGUGGAGAUUAACACAGUACAUGGCCAUUAAGGCCAGAUAUUUCUCCAAGAUGUUCAAACGUUCAUAGAUGACCAGCAGGGUCAAAUAAUAAUCACAGUGGUUGUAGAGGUUGCAACAGGUCAGUACGUCAGGAGUAAAUGUCAUAGCCGGGCAUUUAGAGGUUGAAAUAGCAGGUGCGGUAGAGAGAGAGAGUUGAAAACAGCAGGUCUGGGACAAGGCAGCACGUCCGGUGAACAGGUCAGGGUUCCAUAGCCGCAGGCAGAAGAGUGGAAACUGGAGUAGCAGCACGACCAGGUGGACUGGGGACAGCAAGGAGUCAUCAGGCCAGGUAGUCCUGAGGCAUGGUCCUAGGGCUCAGGUCCUCCAGGAGGGGAGGGAGAGAGGGAGAAUUAGAGGGAGCAUACUUAAAUUCACACAGGACACUGGAUAAGACAGGAGAAUAACACCAGAUAUAACAGACUGACCCUAGCCCCCCGGCACAUAGCCUAUUGCAGCAUAGAUACUGGAGGCUGAGACAGCGGGGGUCGGGAGACACUGUGGCCCCGUCCAAUGAUACCCCCAGACAGGGCCAACCAGGCAGGAUAUAACCCCACCCACUUUGACAAACCACAGCCCCCACACCACCAGAGGGAAAUCACCAACCUAUUACCCUGAGAUAAUGCUGAGUAUAGACCACGAAGAUCUCCUCCACUGCAUGAGCCUGAGGGAGCGACAAACCGAAGAACACCAUCCCAGUGAUGAAUCACGCUUCACCAUCUGGCAGUCCGACGAAUGCCAGGACAACGCUACCUGCCACAAUGCAUAGUGCCAACUGUAAAUGUUGGUGGAGGAGGAAUAAUGGUCUGGGGCUGUUCUUCAUGGUUCGGGCUAGGCCCCUUAGUUCCAGUGAAGGGAAAUCUUAACUCUACAGCAUACAAUGACAUUCUAGAUUAUUCUAUGCUUCCAACUUUGUGGCAACAGUUUGGGGAAGGCCCUUUCCUGUUUCAGUAUGACAAUGCCCCCGUGCAUAAAGCGAGGUCCAAACAGAAAUGGUUUGUCGAGAUCGGUGUGGAUGAACUUGACUGGCCUGCACAGAGCCCUGAUCUCAACCCCAUCGAACACCUUUGGGAUGAAUUGGAAUACCGACUAUGAGCCAGGCCUAAUCGCCCAACAUCAGUGCCCGACCUCACUAAUGCUCUUGUGGCUGAAUGGAAGCAAGUCCCCACAGCAAUAUUCCAAUCUAGUAGAAAGCCUUCCCAGAAGAGUGAAGGCUGUUAUAGCAGCAAAGGGGGUGACCAACUCCAUAUUAAUGCCCAUGAUUUUGGAAUGAGUUGUUCGACAAACAGGUGUCCACAUACCUUUGGUCAUAUGGUGAAUUAUGACGCCAUACCUGAAAGCUCUCUGGAACAUGGACAUGCCUUCUGAUCCCCUCUUUGAUGAUCACAGGCAGCGCAGGACACGUUAGAAGGGAGUGUCACAAAAAGCGUGAUUUGGUCCCCCAUGAGAAUAUACACUGAGUGUACAACACAUCAGGAACACCUUCCUAAUAUUGUGUUGCACCCCCUUUUGCCCUCAAAACAGCCUCAAUUUGUCCAGGCAUGGACUACAAGGUGUCGAAAGCGUUCAACAGGGAUGGUGGCCCAUGUUGUCUCCAAUGCUUCCCACAGUUGUGUCAAGUUUGCUGGAUGUCAUUUGGGUGGUGGACCAUUCUUGAUACACAUGGGAAACGGUUGAGCGUGAAAAACCCAGCAGCGUUCCAGUUCUUGACACAAUCAAACCGGUGCGCCUGGCACCUACUACCAUACCCGUUCAAAGGCACUUAAAUCUUUUGUCUUGCCCAUUCACCCUCUGAAUGGCACACAUACACAAUCUCAAUGUCUCAAUUGUCUCAAGGCUUAAAAAUCCUUCUUUAACCUGUCUCCUCCACUUCAUCUAAACUGAUUGAAGUGGAUUUUACAGGUGACAUCAAUAAGGGAUCAUAGCUUUCACCUGGUCAGUCUAUGUCAUGGAAAUAGCAGGUGUUCCUAUUUAGCCAAUAGAACCUAGAGAGUGUUCUUCAAUGCAAGCUUCUCUAACAUCAGAUAUGUACAGUGCGGUGUCCCUCAGGGCAGCCUACUUGGGCCGUUACUCUUCUCUAUUAUUAUAAAGGAUUUGACGCUGGUCUUAAACAAAGCUAGAACAACUAUGUAUGCAGAUGAUUCCACACUCUACAUGUCAGCACCCAAAGUCAGUGAGCUCACUGAAAUUCUAAAUAAGGAGUUACAGUCAGUAUCAGAAUGGGUGAUUAACAAUAAACUGGUCUUAAAUACAGCUAAAACUAAAAGGAUUCUAUUUGGUUCAAAACAUUCUCUAAGACCUAAACCCCAAUGGAGUUGUGGGUGUGACCAUUGAGCAAGUUGAGGAAGCUAAACUCCUAGGUAUAACAUUGGAUGGUCAAUUAUUAUUAUCAAAUCAUAUUAACAAAGUUGUUGUGAAGAUGGGGAGUGGUAUGUCUGUUAUAAAAAUAUGUUCUGUGUUUUUUACACAAAAAUCAACUGUACUAGUUGUUCAGGCUCUGGUCUUGUACCAUCUUGAUUACUGUCUGGUAAUAUGGUUAAGUGCAGCAAAGAAAGACCUAGCAAAGCUGAAGAUGGCUCAAAACAGAGCAGCAAACCUUGCCCUUAACAUACAGAACUAACAUCAACAACAUGCAUGCCAGUCUUUCCUGGUUGAGGGCUGAUGAGAGAUUAACUGCAUCAAUUCUUGUUUUUGUGAGAAAUAUAUAAUUGUGUUAAAAUUUCCAAAUGGUCUGUAUAAUCAACUUGCAUAUAGCUCUGACAGAUAUACUUACCCCACCAGACAUGCCACCUGGGGUCUCUUCCCAGUCCCCAAAUCCAGAACGAAUUCAAGGCAACGCAUAGUAUUAUAUAGAGCCAUGAUCAUAUGGAACUCCCUUCCAUCUCAAAUUACUCAAGCAAACAGCAAAAUUAGCUUUAAAAAACAAAUUCAACAACACCUAACAACACAGCGCCUUUCCCCUAUUUGACCUAGUUGUAAUGACUAAAAUAAAUUCAACAAGCUACAUUGGCUUCAGAAACCACCAGAAGCUUCUCUUUUAACACAGAGAGCGUUUGUUCUCCUCUACCUUUCCUGACUGGCAAAGUACCAGGAUGUUGUCUCAGGUUUUGAAUCUCAAUUUGAGAUCUGAAUUUGAAAACAUGCAUCUGAGAAGUUGAAUAUAUGUAACUUUGAUCAACUUGAAAUGAGUUUGUACACAGACCAUUAAUGCAAUAUCUACCAUAUUUAAACAGUUUAAAUAUUGAAUUUGAAUAUUCAUUCAAUUGAAAUUGCAUUUUAAAACUGAAUGCAAUAUUUAUUCAAUUCAGUUUCAAAUCAUGAAAUACAAGUUCAUUUUAUGAAUUCAAUGAUUCAAUAUGUCCAUUACAAAUUAUAAAAUAUUACAUUCAAAUUCAUAUCCUAAUUCAAAUUCUAAAUUAUGGGAUUCAAAUACAAUUUCUGUUGUAACCAAAAAGGGUUCUCCUAUGGGGACAGCCGAAGAACCAUUUUGGAACCCUUUUUUCUAAGAGUGUACAGUGUCUUCAGAAAGUAUUCACACCCCUUGACCCUUUCCACAUUUUGUUGUGUUACAGCCUGAAUUUAAAAUUGGGUAAAUUGAGAUUUUGGGUCACUGUCCUACACACAAUACCCCAUUAUGUCAAAGUGGAAUUAUGUUUAUAGAUUUUUUUACAAAUUAAUAAAAAAUGAAAAGCUGAAAUGUCUUGAGUCAAUAAGGAUUCUUGUUAUGGGAAGCCUAAAUAAGUUCAGGAGUAAAAUAUUGCUUAGAAAGUCACAUAAUAAGUUGCAUGGACUCACUCUGUGUGCAAUAAUAGUGGUUAACAUGAUUUUUGAAUGGCUACCUCAUCUCUGUACCCCACACAUACAACUUUCUGUAAGGUCCCUCAGUCGAGCAGUGAAUAUCAAACACAGAUUCAACCACAAAGACCAGGGAGGUUUUCCAAUGCAAAGAAGGGCACCUAUUGGUAGAUCGGUAAAAAAAAGCAGACAUUGAAUAUCCCUUUAAGCAUGGUGAAGUUAUUAAUUACACUUUGGAGGGUGUAUCAAUACACCCAGUCACUACAAAAAUACAGGCAUCCUUCCUAACUCAGUUGCCGGAGAGGAAGGAAACAGCUCAGGGAUUUCACCAUGAGGCCAAUGGUGACUUUAAAACCGUUACAGAGUUUAAUGGCUGUGAUAGGAAGAAACUGAGUCAUUUUCAAUACUACCCUAAUACUAACCUAAAUGACAGAGUUAAAAGAAGGAAGUCUGUACAGAAUAAAAAUAUUCAGAAACAUGCAUCCUGUUUGCAAUAAGGCACUAACAUAAAACUGCAAAGAAUGUGGCAAAGAAAUUAACUUUAAGUCCUGAAUACAAAGUGUUAUGUUUGGGGCAAAUCCAACACAACACCUCACUUCAUAUUUUCAAGCAUGGUGGUGACUGCAUCAUGUUAUGGGUUUGCUUGUCAUCGGCAAGGACUAGGGAGUUUUUUAGGAUAAAAUUAAAUGGAAUAGAGCUAAGCACAGGCAAAAUCCUAGAGGAAAACCUGGUUCAGUCUGCUUUCCAACAGACACUGGGAGACAAAUUUACAUUUCAGCAGGACAAUAACCUAAAACACAAGGCUAAAUAUACACUGGAGUUGCUUACCAAGACGACAUUGAAUGUUCCUGAGUGGCCUAGUUACAGUUUAGACUUAAAUAGGCUUGGAAAUCUAUGGCAAGACUUGAAAAUGGCUGUCUAGCAAUGAUCAACAACCAACUUGACAGAGCUUGAAGAAUUAAAAAAAUAAUAAUGUGCAAAUAUUAUACAAUCCAGGUGUUCAAAGCUCUUAGAGACUCACAGCUGUAAUCGCUGCCAAAGGUGUUUUGAAUCAGGGGUGUGAACACUUAUGUAAAUGAGAUAUUUCUGUAUUUAAUUUUUUUCUAAAUUUGCUAAAUUUUCUCAAAACAGGUUUUCACUUUGUCAUUAUGGGGUAUUGUGUGUAUAUGGGUGAGAAACAUGUUUUAUUUAAUCCAUUUAGAAUUCAGGCUGUAACACAACAUAAUGUGGAAUAAGUCAAGGGGUAUGAAUACUUUCUGAAGGCACUGGUACAACGCGGACUGGCUCUGUUACGCUGGGUUGUCCUGACUUGUCUGUGCAGUGUUUGUAUAUUUUGUAUUUCAUGAAAACUGUGUUCACUUUGUAUGUGUUCAAGUUGUAUUCUUUUACUUCCUCUUAUCAAUCAAUUCCACUUGUAUGUUGCAUUAUACAUGCGCGUGCACAAACACACAGCCCAGGGACUGAUGUGACCUCUUACCUGGACAGCUGGAUCGACAAGUUCUGUCUGGACGCUGACGUCUUUGUGUUGGUGGGCAAUGCAGAGUCCACACUGAUGAACACAGUGAGAAAACUAACUAAACCACUCUUGUAACUCUUUACCAUUAACACUAACGUACAUUAACAUUACCAUUAAUCGACAGAAAACGUUAAGAAUGUUUUUUGCCUUUCAAAUAUAUUUUUUGCAUUUUUAUCUUACUGGCCUAUGGUUUCUAAUAAUUACAAAAUUCCCCCCAUUCCUACUGGAAAUUACGCCUAUGCACACCACUAUGAGCAUAAUCAAUGAUUAUAUUGUAGCUAGAUGUUUCGGUGUAUCCCAUGAUGCAUUUAUGCACUUGUUUUUUUGUUUAUUUAAAACCUGUUUUUCUUUCCAUUGCUUCUCUACUUAUAUAUAUGUGUUUCUUGAUGUGUCUAUUACACUUUAAAGGAGAAGCUGUUUUUCCACAAAGUGAGCGAGCGCAUAUCCAAGCCAAACAUUUUCAUCCUGCACAACCGCUGGGAUGCCUCUGCGUGGGAGCCCGAGUACAUAGAUGAAGUGAGUUUGACUGUGAAACUACACUGCAAGCAUAGUGCAAGCAUUUCAUAAGCGUUGUUUUUGCCAUGCUACACCAGAAGCAGCAAAAGGAGGAAGCAAUCAAUAGUGCAGCAGUGAAAUAAUUGAAAUAGACAUGCUUCAUUCACUUGCUGCUUGCUCAGCUGGAGUAUAAUUUAUCUUUGCUCACAGUGGUUCAGUGUCAUCCACGCUUGCGUUUUGUGUAUGCUAUGCUUACGUUACAUGUCUUGUGUAGUUUGGCCGUAAGAAAAACAAGAUGGGUCCCACUUAUAAAGGGCUUAUGGGCGCUUCAUUGAGCCCUUCAUUCGACCAAAAUAUCAAACCUAAUGGAUAAUGAUCUCCCCCAGGUGCGUAAGCAGCACAUGGACCGCUGUGUGAGUUUCCUGGUGGAGGAGCUGAGGGUGGUGAGUCAAGAGGAGGCGCCGGGACGGAUCUUCUUUGUGUCGGCCAAGGAGGUGCUCAGCUCCAGGAUGCACUGUGCCCAGGGCAUGCCCGAGACAGGUGAGACAGGUGAGAAGGGACCAAAGGCUAGGUGGGCGGGGUUGCAUGAUGCUGGCUGGCUGUCACGCCCUGGCUCUGGGGACUCUUGUAUGUUUCGUUUUCUAUGUUCUGUUCUAGGUUAUGUGUUUCUAUGUUGGCCGGGGUGGUUCUCAAUCAGAGGCAACGAGAAUCAGCUGUUGCUUGUUGUCUCUGAUUGGGAACCAUACUUAGGCAGCCAUUUGUGCACUUGUUAUUCAUGGGAUUUUGUUCCGUGUAGGUUUGUGUAUGACCGAGGACUUUUCGUUUUGUUAUUUGUAUCAUAUUGUUAAUAGUACACUAUUAAAGAGAUGUACGCAUAUCACGCUGCGCCUUGGUCCACUCAUUAUGACGAACGUGACACUGGCUGACUGGCUGGGCUGGUUCGCUGGUAUGAGGCUUGGGAACAAUAAUUAUGUGGUAUUGAUAUGGUUAUGGUCAUUUAGCAGGCAAAAUAACACUUUACAUGAAUAUAUAGGCAUUCAUAGAAACUUGACAAGCAGUUGCCAGCACACUCCUGACAGAUUUUCCUCCAUCAGCCCUGUAACAGGCAUCUCUCUCCUGUUACUGUCUCGCCUCGAAAACAUCAAUGCUAUCUUAAAGCUUUGAACUGUUCACCUUACCCGGCCAUCCAUGAAAGCCCACACUAACUAUAAUUGAAUGUGUUGGUGGUCCCCCGUUACUAUUUUGUCUUUUGACUUAUGCUGGUCUUUCUAGGUGGCGCUUUAGCAGAGGGAUUCCACGAGAGACUGAGGGAGUUCCAGAGAUUCGAGAGAACAUUUGAGGCAAGUACUGAAGCAUAACUGAUUGUCAUGGUCCAUUGUAAUAUCAUUGUCAAUUUCACGUUGUGUGGCAUUGUCACACUAACCUACUGUAUUUACGACUGCACAGGAGUUCAUCUCACACUCUGCGGUCAAGACCAAGUUUGAGCAGCACACGCUCAGUGCGUGGCAGAUCACAGAAGCAAUCAAAACAGUCAUGGACGCCAUAAAUAUUGCAUCUGCCGAAAGGAAGUGAGUUUCUCCCCCAGUUAUUUUAAGAACCAUUUUUGAUUCUGCAUCCCCACUCUUUUGUUUUUAUAGGGGCAUUGGUAAUGUGAUACUGCCAUACUCCCCCUAAACAGUAUUGAUUGUUAAUCAUUAGAUUAAAGGGAUACUGCAAGAUUUGGAGAGUACUUACUCAGAGUCCGACAAACUCAUGGAUACCAUUUUUAUGUUUCUGCGUGCAGUUUGGAGAUGAUUGAAGUAAGCAUAUCGUUAGCUUAGCGCAAUUGCUGGAAGUCUCCCGGUACAGUAGCCAGCUCCUUUCAAAAGCAGGGGAAUAGACCUUCUAACUACUCCAAAACUGGGUGGUUGGUCAUUUAUAGUCUUACAAAGCUAUACAUAGUAAUGGAUAAAUAGAUUAAAGACCUAAAUAUUGCAGUAUCCCUUUAAGGUCCAAAUGCUAACUUGAGAUAUGUGCGUGUAACUCCAAUUUUCACACUAACUUCCUACUAACAUCCAUGUACUGUACGAAUUGCGCAAAACUCUGACUCAAAUGUGUAUCUCAGCAUAGGAUUUAGCCUUGAAAGAGAGAAGCUUUCCAAUUUGCUCCUACCUAUGACAACCUUUGCUCUUUCCCCUUUGACCUCUCCGUGUGCAGGAUAUUUUCCCUGGAGGACCGAGAGGACCAGAAGGACCGUCUGGAGUUUGUCAGAGGCCAACUUAACCGCCUGACCGAGAACGUCAAAGAGAAGAUCGAGACCAUAACAGAUGAGGUGGCCGCCAAGGUAGACAUUCGCACUCACAAACGUAGAGUAGUAUAAAAAGGGAGUGUCUGUUAAACCAAAUGACAAAGGGGAAUAGCCUAUUUUUUACUAUGAUUCAGAGUUGAGAUAAGCGCACAAUCUUUGACCUUUGACCUAAAUAAUUCAUUGAUGUCAAUGGGAGAACAUUUUCAUUAAAGCACACAGAUCUCAAAGCAAAAUAAUGUAAGGAUAACGGUGCGUAAGUGUGUGAGUAAAUGAUUGGUUUUGGAUCAACAGAUGAACAACCCUCUCAUACACCACAUAUUUUUGUCCAUAGUUGGCCUGACAAGCAGUUUGUGUUCAUGAUUUUGUGUUCAAGGAUAUUUUGUGCAUUGUUAGCCACAUAUAAAUAUUGUUGGCAAUGGAUAGAUUAAGGUUGGUAAAUAACGUGUUGGUUUAUGAUUUUACUAUACAUUUUUGUUUAGGUGACUGUUGCCAUGCUGGAGCAGAUUUGUGGUCUCCCAGCGCUGGUUGAUGAGUUCAGUGCUGAUUUUAUACCAACCCCACAUGCAUUGCCGCUCUACAAAGCAGUGAGUUCUGUGUACAUCCCAUAUCCUAGUAAUAUUAACCCAUGAUCAACAGUUACAGUGGGGGAAAAAAGUAUUUAGUCAGCCACCAAUUGUGCAAGUUCUCCCACUUAAAAAGAUGAGAGAGGCCUGUAAUUUUCAUCAUAGGUACACGUCAACUAUGACAGACAAAAUGAGAGAAAAAAAAUCCAGAAAAUCACAUUGUAGGAUUUUUAAUGAAUUUAUUUGCAAAUUAUGGUGGAAAAUAAGUAUUUGGUCAAUAACAAAAGUUUCUCAAUACUUUGUUAUAUACCCUUUGUUGGCAAUGACACAGGUCAAACGUUUUCUGUAAGUCUUCACAAGGUUUUCACACACUGUUGCUGGUAUUUUGGCCCAUUCCUCCAUGCAGAUCUCCUCUAGAGCAGUGAUGUUUUGGGGCUGUCGCUGAGCAACACGGACUUUCAACUCCCUCCAAAGAUUUUCUAUGGGGUUGAGAUCUGGAGACUGGCUAGGCCACUCCAGGACCUUGAAAUGCUUCUUACGAAGCCACUCCUUCAUUGCCCGGGCGGUGUGUUUGGGAUCAUUGUCAUGCUGAAAGACCCAGCCACGUUUCAUCUUCAAUGCCCUUGCUGAUGGAAGGAGGUUUUCACUCAAAAUCUCACGAUACAUGGCCCCAUUCUUUCCUUUACACAGAUCAGUCAUCCUGGUCCCUUUGCAGAAAAACAGCCCCAAAGCAUGAUGUUUCCACCCCCAUGCUUCACAGUAGGUAUGGUGUUCUUUGGAUGCAACUCAGCAUUCUUUGUCCUCCAAACACGACGAGUUGAGUUUUUACCAAAAAGUUCUAUUUUGGUUUCAUCUGACCAUAUGACAUUCUCCCAAUCCUCUUCUGGAUCAUCCAAAUGCACUCUAGCAAACUUCAGACGGGCCUGGACAUGUACUGGCUUAAGCAGGGGGACACAUCUCGCACUGCAGGAUUUGAGUCCCUGGCGGCGUAGUGUGUUACUGAUGGUAGGCUUUGUUAUUUUGGUCACAGCUCUCUGCAGGUCAUUCACUAGGUCCCCCCGUGUGGUUCUGAGAUUUUUGCUCACCGUUCUUGUGAUCAUUUUGACCCCACGGGGUGAGAUCUUGCGUGGAGCCCCAGAUCGAGGGAGAUUAUCAGUGGUCUUGUAUGUCUUCCAUUUCCUAAUAAUUGCUCCCACAGUUGAUUUCUUCAAACCAAGCUGCUUACCUAUUGCAGAUUCAGUCUUCCCAGGUCUAAAAUUUUGUUUCUGGUGUCCUUUGACAGCUCUUUGGUCUUGGCCAUAGUGGAGUUUGGAGUGUGACUGUUUGAGGUUGUGGACAGGUGUCCUUUAUACUGAUAACAAGUUCAAACAGGUGCCAUUAAUACAGGUAACAAGUGGAGGACAGAGGAGCCUCUUAAAGAAGAAGUUACAGGUCUGUGAGAGCCAGAAAUCCUGCUUGUUUGUAGGUGACCAAAUACUUAUUUUCCACCAUAAUUUGCAAAUAAAUUCAUUAAAAAUCCUACAAUGUGAUUUUCUGGAAAAAAAAUUAUCCAUUUGUCUGUCAUAGUUGACGUGUACCUAUGAUGAAAAUUACAGGCCUCUCUCAUCUUUUUAAGUGGGAGAACUUGCACAAUUGGUGGCUGACUAAAUACUUUUUGUACAUGUAGCCCACAGGUCUAAUCCUCACAACACAUUUUUUCAGGACAGAAAAAGUGUCAUUAAAAUUGUAAUUCCCUUUAACUAUUUCACCCUUUCUACACUAUCAUGUUUUUUAAACGUGACAUUUAACCUUCACACCCAUGGGCAAACACUCAGACUUGCGCACAGACACACACACACACACACAUACACACACACACCAGGGUUUCCGUUAGGAAAAUGUGGCGCCGGACAAUGUGACCAGGGAUGUUUUAAUUUACCGGCCAUUUGAGAAAUGUAUCGGACCCAUACAGUGUAUGCAUUGGGUGUCUAACCCAUUAGGUCAUCCACCCACGGUGCUCAGAAUGAUAGAACAUUUAGAUCACAUUUAGAUUAUGGUAAUUCAUCUUAACAGAACAUGCAACUCCUGUAAUGAAGCAGCCAAUAAAACAUAAUUUUCUAACAUUUGACAAAAUGCAAUUGGCAGGAAAACACCAUUCUAAACAGCAAGCCUGAUGUGAGCGGUUCCAUAUGUGAAACAGAUUAAAAUCUCUGUUAGAAACCUAGAAAGAGGGGGAAUCUAAAGAUGCAACAAUUAGGAUGUGUUGCUAAUAUGACUAGGAUUGUGCCUUCAGCUUCUGGAUAACGAAAGAAAGUUGAUAUGAAAACCUAUAGAACAGGAGAGAAAAGCUGGUAGAGCGCAAUGGGACAAGGAAAUCCCGGCCGGCCAAACCCUCCCCUAACCGGGACGACGCUGGGCCAAUUGUGCGCUGCCUCAUAGGUCUCCCGGUCACAGCCGGCUGCGACACAGCCUGGGAUCAAACCCAGGUCUGUAGUGACGCCUCAAGCACUGCGAUGCAGUGCCUUAGAACGCUGCGCCACUCGGGAGGCCAUGAGGAAGUCUUUAUAAAAUAAUCGCCUCCACGUUUCUAUGGUCCAAUUUUGCCUAGGCUACUUUGAAGCAAGGUAAGACAUGCCUCAUAAUAUGAAGUAAAAUGUUCAGGUUUCAAACAAUGACGUUUAUGUUUUCAAAAUGCAUACUGCCUCCAGCUCACAUUGCAAAGUGGUGGGUGACGCACUAAUAGCCUGCCUACCGUUGUCUAUGCACUUGAAUGGCGUGAUUCAAUUAGCUAUUUUUAAUCGUGGCCAUCAAAACUGUUUUUAACACGCGAUUGCGUUUAGAAUUGUUGCGCAAUGACUUGUUUCACUCCAGCAGCAACAACGGUCAAAUGUGUUUACAUCGACUGAUAUUUCAAUCAAUUAAUAAAAGUAACUUUUGUUGCGGUCACGCCUGCACCCGCUCCUCCCUGGCGCUCGAAGGGCACCAGGCUACCGAUCAUUACGCAGACCUGUUACCAUCUUUACGCGCAUCAGCGCUCAUUGGACUCACCUGGACUCCUUCACUUUGUUGAUUGCCCCUUCUAUAUCUGUCUGUUCCCCAGUUUGAUCCCGGUGUCUGCAUUGAUGUUGUUUCGUUUCCCCCGUCCAGACGCUGUCGGUGUUUUGGUUCCAUGUCUUUUAUUUAUUAAAUCAUCCCCCUGUCCUUGCUUCCCGUCUCCCAGUGUCUGUCGAACCGAGAUUGUCACAGUUCCACCAGCAACUGUGGCGGGUAGAUGAAAAAAUAUACCAGCCAAAUAUUUUUUGCAACAUAAUUACAUACAGAAACUGAUGACCAUGCUUUGUAAUGUUUCUAAAACCAGAAAUGUAUUCGUAAGAAGUAAUGUGGUAUAUUGCUCAAUUUCUUUUUUUUUUUCUUCUGGUGACCUGAGUCUUAAUACCAGAGACAAAAUGUUCAGCUGCUCCUUUAAGGGCGGGAGAUUACCGUGGUAACGGGGUCACUUGAGUCAUGUCAAGUGUGUGUGUGUGUGUGAUUUGGGAUGUGACUAGUAGUAGACAGCGUCUACAGCGUCUCUUCGCUAUCAGUUGAAGCAGCAGACUCAAACUAACAUUGAAAAACAACCGAGCUUGUGAACAAAACAAUGUAAAUAGCCAAGAAACAGGAGGACAAAGUCUCACUUUGCUGACUUGAGUAAAUUAGACCAACUUUUAUGUGCCUCCAAAAACGAAUCUAUUAGUGCUUCACUCACAGUGCGCAAAGCUGUUGCUGUGCAAGAUGGGAUGUUUUAAAACAGCUACUUCAGCAUUUUUUGGCUAGAAAUAGCAACUUGCUCAUACUUGACUUUUGACUCUAUUUUUAUUCACAAAUUCGAAUGUAAUGCUCGCACUGUAGAGCCCUGAAAAUGUACCACCCACCAAUGUGGCUGGUGAAAUAGACAUUCUUACCCGCUCACGGUGAAUUUGGACGGCAACCAUUUUAUUUAUUGCUUUUCUUUUCUUUUUUUAUCAGCCAAAAGCCGGAAAUUACCGGCUAACGGAAACCCUGACACACACAAUCUCAGUGUACCCUAUCUGAUCAGUACAGCUGGCUGGAGAGUGAGCGAUCACUCUAAACAGGAUUGAAAGAAAAGCCUCUUAGAGUCCUGCUGGUCAGAGGGGGGUGGAUGGGGUCAAUAGGCAUAGGGUCAAUAGGGCGUAGUAGUGUGUGUGUGUGUCUGAAUGACUGUGUAUGUGCACAUCUGCAUUGGCACGUGUGUGUGUGAAUGUAAACUUUGUUUACAUCUAUGGAUGAUAACACAGUGGUGUAGAAACUUUAGAAGUACUGGUCAUUGUCGUUUAAAUUCUCAUUUUGUUAUGGCAUUAGCACUUGGUUGUGUAUGAUUGUCUAAAAAUAUAAUGAUGGUAAACUAAAUCUUCACUGCCAUUGUCACGUACGUUAAGGAACGGGACGGAUCAAGGUGCAGCGUGAAAGGCGUACAUGUUUAUUAAAGAAUAAACACACGACACAGUAACCAAAAUAACAAAACUUAACCGUGACGGUCCAAAGGCUAACACACAAGCCUACAACAGGAACACAACAAAAACCCACAACACAGGCAGGAAAACUGGCUGCCUAAGUAUGAUCCCCAAUCAGAGACAACGAGCGACCAAUUGGGAACCACACCCGGCCAAACAUAGAAAUACAAACCUAGAAAUUCACACCGUGACUGUACCCCCCCCCUAAAGGUGCGGACUCCGACCGCACAAACCUGACUGAAUAGGGGAGGGUCCGGGUGGGCUUCCAGCCUCGGUGGCGGCUCCGGCUCCGGAGUGGAGCCGCUGACCGGAGCUGGAUCAGGCACCGGUGGAGCGGACUACUCUGGCUCCGGAGUGGAGCCGCUGAAAUACAAACCUAGAAAUUCACACCCUGACCAAACUAGAUAGAGUUCUAUAGGCCAGGGCGUGACAGCCAUCCUUUUGAGUAAUAGUGUGUGUGUGUGUGUGUGUGUGUUUGUGACCAACCAGGUUUAAACCCAGGUUGUCUACUCACCACAACACUGUUAGCCCGCUGAGCUAAAGCCUGGGCAGAGCUUGGGGAGCUAACCUAGGUAUCCAGGUCUCCGGUAAGGUUACUGAUCACGCGAGCGUGGUUCACUGAACCACCUCCAUUACAUCUCAUCAUCAAUUUCUCCUCAUUGUUUUGCCUGCAGAAGCUUAUGAUGCAUGUGGAAGAGAGGAUGAGUACAUCUUUGGCCUUUCGUUGUUCCACUGGGAUCAUUGGCAACAUGCAGUCAUCCCAGAAAAACAUGAUUGGUAGGUAUAGUACAUUUUACAUUUUAGUCAUUUAGCAGACGCUCUUAUCCAGAGCGACUUACAGUUAGUGAGUGCAUAAAUGUUUUCAUACUGGCCCCCCGUGGGAAACGAACCCACAACCCUGGCGUUGCAAGCACCAUGCUCUACCAACUGAGCUACACGGGGCCUAGUACAAACUUAGCUUGAGCCGUGAAUGCGUUUCUUGAAAUUCAAAACAGUUUGGUGAUCAUGGGCAUAACAUUGUUAUUAUAUUAUAGCAAAUAGAUGGAGUGGGAAUAGAAACCGUGUUGCUCCUGUGAAAGGCAAACAAUGGUACACAUUAAGGUUAACCCAGUUGGGGGGAAUUGUAACGUGGGCUCAUUAGUGAGGAUUGCUACACUGCCCCCUCCGAACACAAAGGCACGUCACCGUGCUGGACCAUCUUUCAGGUUAUGCAGCACGUCCACCCGUGCAUUGCGAUGGCCUCACUUGCGCCAUCCCAAACCUCUGUCACCAAUAUAGCAAAAGGAAGGAGCAGCAAUAGAACCCAGAUCGCUCUUGUGAAAGGCAAACAUGCUACACAUUGCUCCAAUAGGGUUAACCCACUUGGGGGGAAUUGUAACGUGGGCUCAUUAGUGAGGAUCGCUACAAUAUCAAUCCAAGAAUUAGGAAGUAAUUGAUUGAUAUAGUUUUAGUAUUAUUAUUAUUAUUAUUAUUAUGUGUAGUUAGACCCAUGACGAUGAUUCUGUAUUUCAGAGAGUAUUCGGCCACUGCUGCCCCCUGAUGUCCAGGAGCAGCUCCACAUUCACCUACCCAGCAGGAAGUUUGACUUGACCUACGACCUUAACCUGGCCACCCUCUGCACUGACUUCCAGGAGGACAUCGACUUCCAGUUCUCUCUCGGCUGGACUGCCCUUGUCAGUCGAUUCAUUGGGCCCAGCAAUGCCAAGCAAGCCCUGACGGCCAUGAACCAUAAGUUUCAGGUUAGCCAAUGUCAGGGCCUGUAUUCAGUCUCUCAGAGUAGUGCUGAUAUAGGAUCAGUUUAGCCUUUUAAAUCAUAUUUGAAAAAUAUUGCAUGGCCAGUGGGAAAUUAUCCUAGAUCAGCACUCCUACUCUGAGAUGCUACAAAAAAAAAAGUUUACUUUGACUACUGUAGGAUAAAUGAGUGAUAUGCCAGGGGUGGCCAGCCGUCCUCUUGAGCUACUGGGACUGCAGGGUUUUGCUCCAAACCCUAUUCUUAACCCACCUGAUUCAGCUAAUCAAGGUCUCGAAGAACAGCUGAGUAGUUUUAGCAGGGUUGGAGCGAAAACCCGUACACCCAGUAGCUCUCCAUGAGGAGGGUUGGUAUAGGUGGCCACCACUGUCAUAUGCCCUUAAAUUUUCUCUCCAGAAUACCUCUCCUACUGCACUCCAGGAACAGGGUGGAACCAGCCUACAGGACCACAUGGUCUUCUCCAUGGCAACAGGUGUAGUGUCGCUCACCUCCAGAGCCUCCAUGACUGUGCUUGUCAUUGGCGGAGUGGUAUGUGCACUUUCUCUUCAAACCAAUUAUGUUUGUAUUUCAUUUUAUAAUGUACUCUAUUUGCUAACAGCUACUGAUAAAACUGAAAGGUGCUUGUAUUGCCACCGCUAACACUGACACAUGCAUUGCUAGCCGUUUGGCACACUAACACUUACUUGUUUGUAAUGAUAACAGCUAACUUGCGUGCCAAAACUGACACAGUAAAGCAAACACUGACACAUGAUUAUGUUGCUAAUUUGCUAUUAAUACUGACAUCUGUUUGUAAAAGCUAAUGCUAACACUGAGUUGUAUUGCUAGCCUAGCACUGCUAUCGUAGCAAUGUUUACAUGGCUAAUGGCUGAGAGCUAAUGCUAAAGCAGGUGAUCUCAUCCCGUCCUGUGCGGCAGGUGUGGCGCUCAGUGGGCUGGAGACUCAUCGCCUUCUCCACAACACUUUAUGGCCUGCUCUACCUGUACGAGAAGCUGACAUGGACCAACGCCUCCAAGGAAAGGGCUCUGAAGCAGCAGUUUGUGGAGCUCGCCAUCCACCGACUAAGGGCCAUCAUCCCCUUCACCAGUGGGAGCUGCAGCCAGCAGGUUCACCAGUGAGUCCCAGUUCUACCGAAACAGUUUGAGAGAGAGGAUAUGUUUUCAUUUAGUUUUGGUUUCUGUGGCUUUCGAUUUAAUGUAAAUUAGUGUAUGGUAGUGUUGAGCGAUUAACCGAUUAUUAUUAUCAAUUAUUUGAAUUCCAUUUUGUUCCGUUUUUUUCUGUGAGCUCAAUGCACACACUGCACCGUUUCUCUAGAGCAGUGGUCACCAACCUUUUUUGAGUGGAGAUCACUUUCUGAGUCAAAAUGCAAGCCGAGAUUACUUUAAAAACAUUCAAUUAUACAACAUUAACCUAUUAAAAACAGUACUGUAGUAAUGAGGUUUGUGCAGUAGGCUAUAGGCCCAAAACAUUAUCACUGCAUAUGUGACCAACCGGCUCGAUUCGGUCUUAUGUAGCAACAUUUGAAAUUAUGUUUUUUUUUACAUUGGAUAUAAGUAAAGACUCAGAGCUAGAAAAUGGUAUAUCAUACACUACAGUUGAGGAACAAUAGGAAAGUAAUUCUGCUUUGAAAGUUGAUAAACCUGUAACCUCACUUUUGAGAAAAUGGCCCUUGAAUCAUUUGGUAAACCUACUGUAGAGCUCUUCUUUGUCUAGACCCAUUCAGCAUCGUUCACACCCUCUUUAGCCUUAGCUCCACCCGUCUCUUUAAGUAUUCACAUGUGAGGCCAGUUCAAUUAAUGACCAUAUCAUAGAGCUGACAACGUCUUCACUUUAGCUAAUUUGUCUUCAUUAUUACAGGAAAAUAAACUCACAACAAGAUCAUUAUUUUCAAGUUAAUGGUGAGCCAAUUACAGAAAAUAGCUUACGGUUUUGAGUGUGACUGUCACGGUUUCGGCCGAGGCUGCUCCUCCUCCUGGUUCGGGCAGGCUUCGGCGUUCGCCGUCCCCGGAAUACUAGCUGCCACCGUUGUAUGUUUCGUGUGUUGAUUGCUUUGGUCUGUCUGGUACACCUGUGUCAGUUUGUGUCCUAAUUACGUGUCCUUUAAGUUCCGUGUUUUGGUGUUAGUUAGAUUGUGUGUUGUUGUCCGCGUGUCGUUUGGAGCUGCGUGUUUUGCGCUCUAUAUGUUUUGUUUUGUUUUACGCAUGUUGCGUAGUUUUCUCGCCUCUGUAUUUCGAGGUCGUGUAUUGGAUAUUGUUCACUUUACUAUAGUAAAGUUUGUUGGACUAAACCUCUGUGUCCUGCGCCUGACUCCUCAUCACAUCCACAUCGGUGCCAGACUGACAGAACAACACACCAGCUAUGGAGUCAGCAGGAUCAGCGACAGCACCCAGGUCGCUAGAAGAACGGCUCAGUUAUCAGGAAUCCAUGAUCCGGCAACUGGAGGCCGUUCUGGGCGAGGUGUCCAACACUCUGCACCGGUUGGCUAAUGGAGAGGUGCCCACGUCCUCAUACACCAUCCCAUCACCACCGGUCAGUCCUCCUCUCUCAGCGCCGGAACCCAGUGGUAUUCGGCUCUCGCUCCCGAGGGCAUAUGAUGGUUCUGCAGCCGGGUGUCAGGGGUUCCUCCUGCAGGUAGAACUAUACCUGGCUACUAUACACCCAGCGCCCUCGGGAUACGAGAGCGUCUCCGCCCUCAUCUCCUGUCUAGCCGGAAAGGCGUUGGAGUGGGCCAACGCCGAAUGGAGGGGAAUAGACGCAGCUACCAUCACCUACGCUGAGUUCUCCCGCCGCUUCCGGGCAGUCUUCGAUCACCCACCUGAAGGGAAGGCGGCGGGGGAGCGUCUGUUCUACCUCCGACAGGAGAAGAGGAGCGCACAGGAGUUCGCACUGGAGUUCCGGACGUUAGCUGCGGAUGCGGGAUGGAAUGAGAGGGCCCUCAUCGACCAGUACCGGUGUAGCCUGCGAGAGGACGUUCGUAGGGAGCUGGCCUGCAGGGACACCAACCUAUGCUUCGACCAGCUGGUGGACAUCUCCAUCCGGCUCGACACCCUGCUGGCCACCCGCGGACGUCCCGAGUGGGGGUCGUCCAUUCCAUCCUCCAGCACCUCCGAGCCAAUUCCCAUGGAGCUCGGGGGUGCUGGCGCUAGAGAGAGGAGGAGGGAGAACCCGAGGGGGGCCAACCCCUGCACCAACUGUGGCCGUGGAGGACACACCGCGGCCAGGUGCUGGGGGGGGGUCUUCUGAGAGAGGGGACAACAGGUCACGCACUGGGGAGUCAUUCAGGUGAGUAGGCGCCCCACUUACCCAGAGCUCUCUGUUGGUCACAUGAGUAUUCCUGUGCGUUUUCCACAGGUGGCACCUCAUUCCCAGCAUAAGGCGCUAGUAGAUUCAGGCGCAGCUGGGAACUUUAUUGAUCGGGCAUUUUGUGCUAGGUUAGGAAUUCCCCUUCGGCCGGUAGAAGUUCCAUUCCCUGUCCACGCAUUAGACAGCCGGCCGUUGGGGUCGGGUCUGAUCAGGGAUGUCACAGCGCCGCUGACGAUGACGACGCAGGGGGGUCAUGAGGAAAUCAUUCAGUUCUAUCUGAUUGACUCUCCUGCGUACCCAGUGGUGUUGGGGCUUCCCUGGUUAAGCACCCACGAUCCUACCAUAGCGUGGCAACAGAGGGCUCUUAUGGAGUGGUCUGCCCAGUGUGUAGGGAGAUGUCUAGGUGUUUCCAUAGGGGCGACCUCGGUAGAGAGUCCGAACCAAGUGCCCGCACUGCGCAUUCCCCCCGAGUAUGAGGAUUUAGCACUUGUGUUUAGCAAAUCGAGGGCAGCACGGCUACCUCCUCAUAGACAGGGGGACUGUGCGAUAAAUCUCCAGACAGGAGCAGCUCUUCCCCGGAGUCGUGUGUAUCCCCUGUCUCAAGAGGAAACUGCGGCUAUGGAGACUUACAUAGCCGAGUCCUUGGCACAGGGAUACAUACGGUCCUCCACUUCUCCGGUCUCCUCGAGUUUCUUCUUUGUGAAGAAGAAGGACGGGGGAUUGCGCCCGUGUAUUGAUUACCGUAGUCUCAAUCAGAUCACAGUGAAAUACAGUUACCCACUUCCACUGAUUGCGACGAUGACGGAGUCAUUACGCGGAGCGCGGUUCUUCACAAAGUUGGAUCUCAGGAGCGCGUACAAUUUGGUGCGCAUUAGGGAGGGGGAUGAAUGGAAAACAGUAUUUAGCACCACCUCGGGUCAUUACGAGUAUCUCGUCAUGCCAUACGGGUUAAUGAAUGCUCCUUCAGUCUUCCAAUCCUUUGUUGACGAGAUUUUCCGGGACAUGCAUGGGCAGGGUGUAGUGGUGUACAUUGACGACAUUCUAGUGUAUUCUUCUACACGAGCCGAGCAUGUGGCCCAGGUGCGCCGAGUAUUGAGACGACUGUUGGAGCAUGACUUGUAUGUCAAGGCAGAGAAAUGCCUGUUCUUCCAGGAGUCCGUCUCCUUUUUGGGUUAUCGGUUGUCCGCGUCUGGCGUGGAGAUGGAGGUAGAUCGGGUAUCGGCUGUGCGUAAUUGGCAAACUCCAACCACCGUAAAAGAGGUGCAGCGGUUCUUGGGUUUUGCUAAUUACUACCGGAGGUUUAUCGGGGCUUUGGACAGGUUGCAGCUCCCAUUACGUCCCUGCUAAAGGGGGGUCCGGUGCGCUUGCGGUGGUCAGCUGAGGCGGACAGGGCAUUUGUCAAGCUGAAGAACCUGUUCGCCUCGGCCCCGGUGCUGGCGCAUCCGGAUCCCUCUUUGCCUUUCCAAGUAGAGGUGGACGCGUCCGAGACCGGUAUUGGGGCAGUCCUGUCACAACGGUCCGGCACGCCACCUAAGCUCCGCCCCUGUGCGUUCUACUCCAAGAAGCUCAGCUCGGCGGAGCGCAAUUAUGACGUUGGGGACAGGGAGCUGUUAGCUGUAGUCCAGGCCCUAAAGGUGUGGAGGCAUUGGCUUGAGGGGGCUCAACACCCUUUCCUCAUUCUGACUGAUCACCGUAACCUGGAGUACAUCCGGGCAGCUAGGAGAUUGAAUCCUCGUCAGGCUAGGUGGAACAUGUUCCUGACCCGGUUUGUUUUUAAGAUCACAUACAUCCCUGGGUCCCAGAACGGUAAGGCAGACGCCCUGUCCCGGCGGUAUGACACAGAGGAGAGGUCCAUUGAGCCUACUUCCAUACUGCCGGAGUCUUGUCUGGUGGCUCCGGUAGUAUGGGAGGUCGAUACGGAAAUCGAGCGGGCGCUGCGUACCGACCCUACUCCCCCCGAGUGUCCUGUGGGGCGGACGUACGUUCCGCUCGAGGUUCGUGAUCGGCUUAUUUCUUGGGCUCAUACAUCACCCUCCUCUGGACAUCCAGGUAUUGGUCGGACGGUGCACUGCCUUAGCGUGAAAUACUGGUGGCCAACGUUAGCCAGGGAUGUGAGGGUUUAUGUCUCCUCCUGCUCGGUGUGUGCCCAGUGUAAGGCACCUAGACAUUUGCCCAGGGGUAAGUUACAUCCUCUGCCCGUUCCACAACGACCAUGGUCCCACCUCUCGGUGGAUUUUGUGACCGCUCUACCCCCUUCCCAGGGUAAUACCACCAUUUUGGUCGUUGUGGAUCGGUUUUCUAAGGCCUGUCGUCUCCUUCCACUGCCGGGUCUCCCUACUGCCCUACAGACCGCCGAGGCCCUAUUUACCCACGUGUUCCGGCACUAUGGGGUCCCCGAGGAUAUUGUGUCCGACCGAGGUCCCCAGUUCACCUCCAGAGUCUGGGGGGCAUUCAUGGAACGACUGGGGGUCUCGGUUAGCCUUACCUCGGGGUACCACCCAGAGAGCAAUGGGCAGGUUGAACGUGUGAACCAGGAUGUGGGUAGGUUUUUGAGGUCCUAUUGCCGGGACCGGCCGGAGGAGUGGUCGAGGUAUAUCCCCUGGGCAGAGAUGGCACAGAACUCUCUCCGCCACUCCUCCACCGGAUUAACACCUUUCCAGUGUAUUUUAGGGUAUCAGCCGGUCCUGGCACCGUGGCACGAGAGCCAGACCGAGGCCCCUGCGGUGGACGAGUGGAUUCGGCGCUCGGAGGAGACGUGGGACGCUGCCCAUGUCCAUCUGCAGCGUGCCAUCCGUCAACAAAAGGCGAGCGCCGAUCGCCACCGCAGUGAGGGGCCGGUGUACGCACCGGGAGAUCGAGUCUGGCUCUCGACUCGAAACCUGCCCCUCCGCCUGCCCUGCCGGAAGCUGGGUCGGCGGUUUGUGGGGCCCUUCAAAGUCCUGAGAAGAUUGAACGAGGUGUGUUACAGAUUACAACUGCCUAUUGAGUACAAAAAUAUUAACCCCUCGUUCCAUGUGUCUCUUCUCAGGCCGGUGGUAGCUGGUCCACUCCAAGAGGAGGAGAUAGGAGAGACCCCUCCACCCCCUUUGGACAUCGAGGGGGCACCGGCGUACAGGGUCCGGACUAUAUUGGACUCGAGGCGCCGGAGGAGUGGUCUCCAGUAUCUCGUGGAGUGGGAGGGGUACGGUCCGGAGGAACGGUGCUGGGUGCCUAGGAGGGACAUCCUCGACCCAUCCCUCCUGACAGAGUUUCACCGUGGGCAUCCCACGCGCCCGGGUCCGCGUCCUCCUGGCCGUCCCCGAGACCGGGGUCGGCGCACGGCUGGAGCCGCGCGUCAAGGGGGGGGUACUGUCACGGUUUCGGCCGAGGCUGCUCCUCCUCCUGGUUCGGGCAGGCUUCGGCGUUCGCCGUCCCCGGAAUACUAGCUGCCACCGUUGUAUGUUUCGUGUGUUGAUUGCUUUGGUCUGUCUGGUACACCUGUGUCAGUUUGUGUCCUAAUUACGUGUCCUUUAAGUUCCGUGUUUUGGUGUUAGUUAGAUUGUGUGUUGUUGUCCGCGUGUCAUUUGGAGCUGCGUGUUUUGCGCUCUAUAUGUUUUGUUUUGUUUUACGCAUGUUGCGUAGUUUUCUCGCCUCUGUAUUUCGAGGUCGUGUAUUGGAUAUUGUUCACUUUACUAUAGUAAAGUUUGUUGGACUAAACCUCUGUGUCCUGCGCCUGACUCCUCAUCACAUCCACAUCGGUGCCAGACUGACAGUGACAAAAUAAAAUCAGGGCAUUCUACCAGAGAAUUUUAGAACUUGGACACUGUCUCAUUAGCCUAACGUUAUAUCCUAAUUUGACUUUGGUGCAGGUCAUGUUCUUCACAUUACCGUCUCUGGUAAACACAUGCUAUGUCAAAUAAAAUCUAAGUUUAUUCGUCACAUGCACAGGAUUCAGAAGGUGUAGUGAAAUGAUUACUAGCAUAGUGGAAUAUUUUGUUUAGACGUGUAGCUAGCUAGCUAAACAAUGAACCAUAAUCCCAACUCAUAACGUUACUACCCUGCAUGAAUUUGCAGGUAGCUAACCAACCAGGUUCAAUGUUAUCUAGCUAGCUAACAUUAGGCUAUAACUAGCAAUGCAAAUGGCGAUGAGAUACAAAUAAUAUUACUACACAGAUCAUACACGUAACGUUAGCUAGCAAGCCAGUCAGAUAACAUUAGCUAGCUAGCUAACAGUUCGCUUUAACUUUCUGACAAAAUUAGAAAUGUAGAAUGUCUGAAAAUGUAGCUAGCUAGACUCUCUUAUCUGUAUACAUGGAUGGACGCUUCUCCCUCUCUGUCAAGGAUGCCAUGGUUGCCUUUGUUUGAAGAUGUAAUCCGGAAACAGGUGUUUUAUACAACAGCCUUCUGUGUGUUCUCUUUUCAACUCCCUCUGCAUAUUUGCAAUCAAAAGCCAGAAUUGUCUCCAUCUCCUUAGCAAUCAUACUCUAAUUCCACCGGGCAUUCCACUGAUUUCAAAUCUCGGUCCUCCAGAAAGUGGAGAGCAACACUUUUCAGUUCUACUACGCGAUAUCUUUCAAAAAAAUCUGCGUUAGAAAGGAUUACCUACACAUGCUGACCAGCUCAUGUUAUAGACAGAAGCGCGCUACAUGGCAGACCAAUCCGAACUCAUCUCUCGGCAUGUCCAGUCCAUCCAUUAUCUCAGCCAUUCAUGGCUAGUGGGAAGGUUCCUGUCUUUUUCCGUGGCUAAACCAAAUAGGCUCGUAAUUUAACAGUUGUAUUUGUAUUCACAGAUGGCAUACACGUUUGUUAUUAAGGCACAUGAAAGUUCAUAAAUUCCAGUAGGUAUUUCUGCCAAAAAUGGAUUUAGAUUUUUGUUUAAAGUUUACGUUCAAAUGCCUUUCCUGUGAAGUAGUGACGUGCGACAUACAUCUAGUUUCCUGAAACUAGUCACAUAUUGGUUUUUCUUGAAUUGCCCUGCAUUGUGGUUCUUCUCAGACCAUUUUUUAAAAUUAUAUUUCAACAUUUGAGGUAGGCUAUAUGAUUACACCGGUAAUAGAUCAGUUGUUGUAUUACUUGUGAGGCACAGCUGAGUGAGCAUACAUUUUAAUAAUUUGCUUUUUUUAUUUUACUGGUCUGAUGGAGCCUGUAUCAGAUGGUGACUCUCAUCAGAGGGAGAGGUCAGCAGAUUGAGGGUCCACCUUUCAAUGUCCCUCCGCUCUCCCUUUCCUCCACUGACACUGACCAAAAAGGGACACUGUCUUCCAGAUGAUGGCGAAACUUGAGUCGCACCGCAUUAUUUCUGCCUCAUGCACAAAUUCAUGUUAUUACUCCUAUGACCGGGGAAAAUUAAAUAUUCCUCGAUAUUAAAAAAGACCCAAGCCACUAAUAAUAACAAUGCAAGCCUAUUUAUUCACUUUCCUACUCAUUCAUUGCAGCUGCAUUGCUGCAAAUUGACCUCGAAAAGCAUUAAUCGCUCAGCACUAGUGUAUGGUGAGUAGAAUACUAACCUUACAAUGAAAACCGUGAUUAUUUAUAAUCGAAUCGAAACCAAAUCGACCUCAAAAAGCAUGAAUCGCUCAGCACUAGUGUAUGGUGAGUAGAGUACUAACCUUGCAAAAAUAAUUGCAGUGACAGUGCAGUACAUUGCAGUUAUACUACUGCAUCUAAAAAAAUUACAGAUACUUUUGUAACUGCAGGGUUACUACAGGGUGCUGUAUACAGUGCAGUAAUUUUGCUUUUAACUGUGGUUAUUUUACAGUUAUACUGUCACGUGUAGCCUAUGUAGCCACAAUGUGGAAUCACUCGCUAAUUAGGUAUGCGCUAGUAGUGGCAAUCUUCCAAGUGAUGUCAUCCUCUCUUUGACCUAGAGAUCGUGUCACCCUUGCUCAACCAAGACCAUGUUUUUUGUAGAGCAGUUGGUUAGAAUGUUGCUUUGUGGGUGAUGAGGGUCUAUGGUUUGCGCCCAGCUCGGGCCAGAACAGAGACAGAAGCUAUACUGUUACAUGUACAGUACUGUAUGUGUAUUUUCCAACUCUCAUGCCCUCCUAACCUGACCUUUUGGCUGUGGCAGGGAGUUGGCAACGACCUUUGCCCGUCUGUGCCAGCGGGUUGACCUGAGCGAGGUGGAGCUGGAGGGGCACAUCCGACAAUUGAGCGGCAGGAUCCAGAGACUGGAGAACGUCCAGCGACGCUCCAAGACGCUCAGGUCAAAUAGCCACUCUACCUUGCUUUGUUCAUCUCAGCUUUUUAAUGUCUGUUAGUAGGGCUUUCUGCACACAUUGUACACACACACACACUUCACUACACACUGCUGAGAUGAAAAGUUAGAAAGUAACAGAUGAGUGAUAAAUCUUCUGUUUCCCACAGACACCGAGCCACAGAUCUGGAGUCUCAGCUGGAGGCGUUCUCUGCCCAGUAUCUGCAAAAUCAG